UCGCCCAUCUGCCGCUGGGGGGCGCUGUAGUAUCUUUAUGUAGACUAUACAGCUCAUCCACAUCGUUCCCAUCGUAAUGUAUAUGCAUGGGCCCACUGCGAAAUGAUCUCCCCCGAUUGUUAAAUAUGAGUUACGCUCAUUUGAUGAUACAGCAAAGUAAGAAAUGGAAAACACGAAUUACUAAUUGGGACUGUCAUUUUGAGGUUUAGUUUAAAAUUCCAAUGAGACAUCAGAUAGGCCUACGCGACAUUUGGGCCUACGGACCACUGCCACGAUGGAAGCUCUGAUGCUCCAACUCCAACGCACCUAGAUAUAACCACCUGACGCCCUGAUGUGCUUUGCGUUCUCGGUUCGCUCGUCAUCGCGGGCUGUCACCCGCUCACCCCCUCGUCAGAUUUCACAGCGCCAAGUCCCACACUGAAACGGCCUGUUUGAAUCUGUGUAAUAAUGUUCACGUUAAAGCCAGUGUAAACUGCAUUCAUUUGCUAAUUUUGCUACCUAUCCCAUAUAUGCCAUGAUCCCAUUGGGCGUCCAAAAGCUCUGAGGUAAUGUAGUAUUGGGACAGAUUUCGCUAUCAUUCAUCAUGAAUGGCCGGGUCUUGUCGGCUCUCCACGUGGGAGCGGAUAACUUUGUUUAAUUGGUUAAGGGCGUCCGCCGCUCGUCAGCGUCCUCUAGGUGCUCUCGUGUGAUUGGACAAUGGUCCUCGCGGCUGUGGGCGUGCCUUAUCUCCGGUGGAAGUAACGUACUUUGUGCUCAUGUCCAUUGUCGAGGUUUCCUUGGAGCUGCUGUGGGGAAGUCUACGAGCGCACGACGGAUAGCCGAUCUGUACAAGGCUCUGCGGGUGAAAUAUCAUGCAUUUAGCCUUUUAGAAGCUCGAAGACUUAUUGGAAUUGGAAAGAUAUACUUCUCCUAUCUCGACCUGUCCUCGUAUUUUUCUAUUCCAAGGCUAUCGAAUGGACCAACACCCCAGCGCCCGCAGCUGCACCAGCCGAGGGGCUCCGUCCUGCGAGGCCGUCCCGAGUGAACCCUCCAUGAAUUUGUACAUCCAUUCCACUACCGGCACACGCUUCGAGCUGUCCAUCCCCUCCGAGGAGACCGUAGAGGGGCUGAAGAGGAGGCUGUCCCAGAAACUCAAAGUACCCAAGGAGCGACUGGCGCUGCUGCACAAAGAGACGCGACUAAGUUCGGGCAAACUCCAGGAUCUGGGGAUCUUAGAUGGGAGCAAGUUGACACUUGUUCCAACUGUUGAAGCAGGCUUAAUGUCUCAAGCAUCGCGACCCGAGCAGUCCGUCAUGCAAGCCUUGGAGAGCCUCACAGAAACACAGGUAAGGUGUAUGUGACUGUCUGCAUGCUGUUGUUUUAAGCCGGAAAUUUGAAUGACGUGUUGGUAGUUGGGCGUGUGCACGAUGAGAUGCGCUGUUGACGCGUUGAAGAGAGCCGAAAGGCAGAGAAAUCUGCAUAGAGACCUCUUACCAAAGUCUCAAAAGAAGUCUAAUCAAAGGGGACAUCCUGCAUCGAAUAAGCAGAAGUGCCCUUGCAACAUUCGUAUGCUUGCAGGUUUGACGUAAUCUUUGCUCUCAACGAUAACCCCUUUUUGUUUGCCUGUUGCCAUAGUCUUACCUCAGUCGUGUUUCGCUCUCGGCUACAGAAACCUAGACGCUUACAUGGCACUAACGCUAACCGUUUCCAGGAAGCGGCUCUGUUAUCUCACUCACUCAUAGAUAGAUUGAGGGUCUUGGGUUGUCCAGAUGGCAGCCUCUGCAGUCAAUAUUAGCAUAUGAUUCCUGGAAGCCUAGUGUGUAGCCUGGGCUUCAGACUGAGUGUGCACCUGAAUGAGGUGGCGCGGGGAUCUGGGAUAGCGAUUGAGUGCAGCCCGCAUUUGAGUCAGUGCGGCAUGACUCACCGGCGGUGAUCAAUAGUGAAAGUGAGGCGAGAUAAGGCGUGAGUUCUUGAGCGAGGCAAACAAGGUCGAGAGCCCUCAGACAGCAGCUGGGGUGACGUGCGGUAUGCUCUCCACAGCUGACUUGACUGAAUGACUGACCGAAGGGCGACUUCCUCUGUAGCCGGCUUGGGUAACCUUGAAAAAAUCCACGUAACCGCAUCCGCAACGACCAUCACACGCCAGCUGACGUUGCGUCAGCAGCAUUAAGCGAUGGCGAAAAAGACAUUUCUGAAAUAAAAUGCGUCACCCCCCGAUGCCUAUGUGCUUACAUCCUGGGUGUGUUAAUCGGAAGGAUCACUCGACUGUCAUUCACUGUUUCUCUGUAAGAACCCUGGUUUUGGUGGUUAGUUGUUGGUGUGUCAUGAUUGUUAUCACUUCAUACCCUGUUGAUUUGUAUAGGUCUGA